GUUCUGUGAAAUCAAUUCAUAUCUUCGUCAUCAUGGCGAUCUGAUAAUAACUAGGGUUGGGGUUUCAAGAUUUAAAUUUCUUCCCCUAGUGUCUGUUUCGUUCAUCGCAUAAAUUAGAUCGGUUUCCUUUGUCUGCGCUUUCUCAUCCAUACACGUGGGUCUCUGGAUCUUGUGAUGAGAGUUUGAGAAAUGCCAUUUUAUGUCCGAUUCCGUCGGUUGUGAUGGGAUUUGACUUCUUUUUGCGGGAUGUUUCAAUGAGACAUUCUUCGAUUUUGGACAAUAAAAAGGCACCUUUUCUUUUUACGAAGGGUAUCCUGAUUCGAAGAGGCACGAAUUGGUCAAGGUAUCGAAAUCAAAACGAGGACAGGUAAUGGAGAACAAAAUUCAGGAGGGUGAAUAUUUGGCCCUAAUUAGUGAGCUCACUAAUACAAAUACUAUACAGAAUCAUGAGGUGGAGUUUCAGCAACCUGACAUUGAAAAACUGGAACUUGUGGAGGUGAAGGCUAAUACAGAAUGUUCAGAAGGUGCUUCUGAGAAUGAGAUAGAAUUCCUUUUGCGUAGAGUUAAAAGUACUGCAACAAUGCUUGCCUACCUGAAAUCUAAAGCAACAAUCAUGGCAAUUCCUCAAUUAGCUCAUACGUCAUGUGGGAUCAAACAUCAAGAGGGGGUAGGGCUUGUUGACAAACAUGGGAUACCAGUAUCUGAUUGGUUUAAGGAUGUUGAUUGCCCUUCCUCGGAAGAUUCAGAUGUGGAAGUUCAACUGACAAAUAUUCCUCAGUUUGAAUCUUUUGAUGCCAAUGAUGGAGCAUAUACUGGUGAAUUACUCAGUACAGUACACAUGGUAUCAGAUGUCAUGGAAUCUCUCAUUAAGAGAGUUAUCAUGGCAGAAACUGAAGCUGAUAAUCAGAAGGAAAAAGUGAAGUUGGGCAUGGAAGAAAAUACGAAGAUGACCCUUCAAAUUGAGAUCAUGUCAGCAAAGGUUGAAGAGAUGGAAAAGUUUGCACUUGGUGCAAAUAGUAUUCUGAACGAAAUGCGGCAGAAGGUUGAGGAUAUGGUCGAAGAAACAUUAAUACAGCGACAACAAGCUGAAGAGAACAAGCAGGAGCUUCAUCGUGUAAAGCAGAACUUUGAGACAUUAAGAUCAUUUGUUAAAAGUCUUAUCAGUGUCAGAGAACUCCUCCUAUCAUCGGAGCAACAAUUUCAGACUGUUGAUGAACUUUUUGACAGGCUGCUUGUUGAGACGACACAUUUACAGAAUGAUAAGUUUCAGAAGGAGGCUGAAGUUCAGAAGCUUAUUGAGGAGAAUGUGAGAUUGAGAGCUCUGUUAGACAAGAAGGAGGCUGAAUUACUAGCCAUGAAUGAACAAUGUAAGUUCAUGGCUAUUAGUAGUGGCAAUUAAUUGAUCAUAUAAUUAACAGUUGAAAUAUUCAACGUGGUGAUCCUUCUACCACACUGAAAGUUUGUGGUUAAAUUCUUUAACUGUACAGUUCUGAGUGGGCAAUGGUCAAGUACAUACAGCUUUUCGGACAUUUUGCAAAAUGUAACUGGCUGCUACAUUGAUCGACCAAAAUGUCACUGGGAUUUAUGAAUGUGCUAUCAUCAUUCUGAUUAUUAUUUCAGAGAA